AUUUUGAAACGUUCAAAAAUUAUGUGACCCGGAAGUGAUUUUGUUUUGUUGCUGAGACGAUGACGUGUCUGUUUUGUGGUUUGCAAGCCGUAUGAUAUUAUUCACUAGCCUGCUGAGGAGAGGACUCUGUGUGAAACCAUUCUGCAACCAUCGUUACCAAAACGCUUCGGCGGUAUUACUGAAUGAGGUUAUAUUCAUGACUGCACUGUCAGACUUGGAGCCUGCUAAAAAGAGACUGCGGGUUGAAGUUAGCCUCCAAACACCUGUCGGCUCAAGGAGCCCUCAUUCAUUGGCUUUCAAAGCAAGUUCCAAAGAGGCAAGUCUACACGCAAUGGAGGGGCAGCAGCAUGGUGCCAAAGCAACAUCUCUCAGUCAGGAAAACAAUCCCAAGUCCCAACAGAAUAACCUUGAUAAGUGGCUGUUGAACCCUCCCCAAAGCACCACAAGCCCAGCUUCUGACAUGUCUGAAGCUGCUGAACAACAACUGGAAGAUGUAGAGAUGGUGAGUCCAGACAGCUCUGAGUCUGGCUGCAGUCACAAGUUGCAGUUGAUGGAGACAGAGACAGAGGCCCAGACCCACAGUUCAGACUCUGAGGAACCUGUUGUCUCUAGUGUUAUAGGCCUGGAGAGUAUUAUAGACAUGGAGGAUGAAGAGACAGCACCCUUAACACCAACUGACAGCCUAAAGGAUCACAAGCCCGUCUCGCAAAUCACCACAGAUCACAAUCCCGUCUCGCAAGUCUCCACAGAUCACAAGCCUGUCUUGCAAGUCUCCACAGAUCACAGGUCGGUCUCAGAAGUCUCCACAGAUCACAAACCGGUCUCGCAAGUCUCCACAGAUCACAUGCCUGUCUUGCAAGUCUCCACAGAUCACAUGCCUGUCUUGCAAGUCUCCACAGAUCACAAACCGGUCUCGGAAGUCUCCACAGAUCACAAACCGGUCUCGCAAGUCUCCACAGAUCACAGGUCGGUCUCAGAAGUCUCCACAGAUCACAAGCCGGUCACAGAUCACAGGCCUGUCUCAGAAGUCACAGAUCACAUGCCUGUCUUGCAAGUCUCCACAGAUCACAAGCCGGUCCCGGAAGUCUCCACAGAUCACAAGCCGGUCCCGGAAGUCUCCACAGAUCACAAGCCGGUCCCGGAAGUCUCCACAGAUCACAAGCCGGUCUCGGAAUUCUCCACAGAUCACAAGCCGUUCUCGGAAGUCUCCACAGAUCCUAAAGGGAACAGUGAUGAGCAAAUGGAGGAGACCGUGAGCCAGAGCAACAAGGAGCUGGACAAGCAGCAGGACACAGAAAGAUCUUCCUCUUCCAAGGAUAAAGGAAAAAUAACAGACUUCUUCGCCCCAUCCACAAGUGCCCAAGCUCCUUCGGAGAAACAACACAGAUAUGGAGACGUCCCGCGUGAGAAACAACGUGGGGACAGAGAUGACGUCCCUCCGCCGUCGCCGCCGUACGAUUACAAGUGGCUGGGAAGCCCCAUCUGUGAUCUGAGGAGAAUGCCACAGUGUGGUCGACCACUCCCACCACUAAGGAAUAGUCCUGACCAUCACACUGUUAUGAUCAGGACAGACCUCCUUCAAACAGGCAAAAUUCCUGUUCCCUAUCCCAACAAGUUCAAAGACACCUGGGAUGAGGUCCAUGUGAAAAUGCCCUGUUCAAAGAGCAACCUAUUCCCAGUAGGAAAUCAGGAGGUGCAGGAACGGUGGGAACUCAUCCAGAAAGCUUUAAACAGAAAAUUUGGAAGUUCCCAUGAUGUAAAGAAUGCCAUAUUGAAGUACAAUGUUGCUCAUGCCAAGAGAUGGGACUUCACAGCUCUUCAUUUGUUUUGCAACAAGGAGCUGGAUCCUGACGUCGUUCAUCUGUUUGGAUCUCUGCUGCCUGAAAUGGUCCAAUUAGCACUGCGGGUGUCUGAGCUGUGUAGCAAGCCCAUCCCUCUGCUGAAGGAAGGGAUGAACCACUCCAUCACCCUGUCUCAGGUGCAGGUGGCUUCUCUAUUGGCCAACGCCUUCUUCUGUACCUUCCCCCGACGCAACUCCAGGAAGUCAGAAUACUUCAAUUACCCUGACAUCAACUUCUACAGGCUGUUUGAGGGCUCUUCCCCAAAGAAGAGGGAGAAACUUAAAACACUUUUGUGCUAUUUUAGAAGUGUAAUCGAGCAAAAACCUACUGGACUUGUAACAUUCACGAGAAAAUAUUUGGAUCGUCCUCCAAAUUGGAAAAACUCCCAGAAUCAGCUUACCAAGCUUCACAUAACAUGUGCAGGAACCAUAGAAGACGACGGACACGGUAUGCUGCAGGUGGACUUUGCCAACCGGUUUGUGGGCGGAGGGGUCACGGGAUCAGGUCUGGUUCAGGAAGAGAUCCGCUUCCUGAUUAACCCUGAACUCAUCGUCUCUCGCCUCUUCACUGAAGCCCUGCUGCAAAAUGAGUGUCUCAUCAUCACAGGUACUGAGCAGUACAGUACAUACACUGGCUACGCAGACAGCUACCGAUGGGACGGCAAACAUCAGGACAAGACCCCAAGAGACACCUGGCAGAGGAGGUGCACAGAGAUUGUAGCGAUGGACGCUCUGAUGUUCAAGAACUUCUUCGAACAGUUUCACCCUGAGAAAAUGAACAGAGAACUGAAUAAGGCAUACUGUGGCUUUUCCCGCCCGGGGGAGAGGAGUCAGGAUCUCUCUGCGGUUGCUACAGGGAACUGGGGCUGUGGUGUGUUCGGUGGAGAUGCUAGAUUUAAAGCUCUGCUCCAGAUUCUGGCAGCCUCUGAGGCGGGCCGAGACGUGGCCUAUUUCACCUUUGGUGACAGCGCCCUGAUGAAAGACGUCUACGACAUGCACUACUUCCUCACACAGAGACACGUCAGCGUCGGGGCUCUGUACAGUUUGCUGGGUCAGUACUACAGCUCAGUGUGUCAGAGCUGCUUCACACGUCGUCCUGAAAUCAGCCUCUACUCCUUCAUCUACCAGGAGGUCGGCUCCCUCUAGAAGACCGUAGAUGCCACAUCACCCCUCCCCCCGGGACACCAAACAAGCACUGUGCCCCGCGAGAGAUUCCAGAGGAAGUUUGUCUUGUCAUUCUGCUACUGGUAGCUGAUACACACAUGGAUAGAGUUUCGAUCUGUUGAGAUUUGUGAUUUUGGAAUGGUAAAGCCCAAAGGCUGUCAUCCAUCUUGUAAGUGUGUCAUGUUUCCUUGGUUUUACCCCCCCCCCCCCUCCCCCACAUAAAUCCAGACUAAAUGAAUCAGUUGUCAGAAAUUCAGUUGAUGGAAAGAAUGAAUAGAGCCGUUCUUAGAGUUUUUUUUUUUUUUAAGGUAUUAAUUUGAUCCUAGGGAAUGAUCUUCAGUCUUUGGCUGGUCACUCUGUUCUGCACUGGGGAGAAGCUGACUCUGUGGGGAUGAUCACUUAAAGUGUGUGUCGGGAUCAUUUAUUUCUGAUUAUCUUGGCCUUAGCCGUGGGCCUCCAUUAAGUGGAUAUAUUACCAUGGCCUUAGCCGUGGGCCUCCAUUAAGUGGAUAUAUUACCAUGGCCUUAGCUAUGGGCCUCCAUUAAGUGGAUAUAUUACCAUGGCCCUAGCCGUGGGCCUCCAUUAAGUGGAUAUAUUACCAUGGCCCUAGCCGUGGGCCUCCAUUAAGUGGAUAUAUUACCAUGGCCUUAGCUAUGGGCCUCCAUUAAGUGGAUAUAUUACCAUGGGCCUCCAUUAAGUGGAUAUAUUACCAUGGCCCUAGCCGUGGGCCUCCAUUAAGUGGAUAUAUUACCAUGGCCUUAGCCGUGGGCCUCCAUUAAGUGGAUAUAUUACCACGGGCCUAGCCGUGGGCCUCCAUUAAGUGGAUAUAUUACCACGGGCCUAGCCGUGGGCCUCCAUUAAGUGGAUAUAUUACCAUGGGCCUCCAUUAAGUGGAUAUAUUACCAUGGCCCUAGCCGUGGGCCUCCAUUAAGUGGAUAUAUUACCAUGGCCUUAGUUAAGUGGAUAUAUUACCAUGGGCCUAGCCGUGGGCCUCCAUUAAGUGGAUAUAUUACCAUGGGCCUCCAUUAAGUGGAUAUAUUACCAUGGGCCUAGCCGUGGGCCUCCAUUAAGUGGAUAUAUUACCAUGGGCCUAGCCGUGGGCCUCCAUUAAGUGGAUAUAUUACCAUGGGCCUCCAUUAAGUGGAUAUAUUACCAUGGCCCUAGCCGUGGGCCUCCAUUAAGUGGAUAUAUUACCAUGGGCCUCCAUUAAGUGGAUACAUUACCAUGGCCUUAGCCGUGGGCUUAAGUGGAUAUAUUAUUUGUUAUUUUUGUGCCACAUACAGGAAAUAAUGUGAACAAGUGUACUUAAUGACACCCUGUCCAAUAAUAUAAUUAGAUUUUCAACUCUAAGUAGUAGUCUGACUGUAGGAAAAGUGAUUUAUUAAGAUAAUGCUGUAUGCCUCAACAUCUUAAAACAUUGAAAAGUGAGAAAUUGUUUUGGAAUUGUUUUGUGUGAUUAUGGAUUUUGGG